GCCGCUGAUCCCUUGUGGUACGUAGUUCUCCCGACAGCUAGGUCAUUAUUCCCCGCGGACCAAACAAAGAAUUUACUAUGGAAAUCCCAACCAAUCCUGCGGAUAUUGUCAUAUCUGCUCUCAAGGAACGCAACAUCUCGGUUAAACGAGGCGAAAUUGAGUCCGCUUUUGGCGACGAGACAAGUGAGGAACACAAUGCAAAAUGGGUGUCAGAGCAUCUUUGCUAUGACACUCUCUUGUCACGAGAAGAGUUUAUGUUAUACUCAAAGCUAGAAAGCUCCGGCGCUCUUCGAAACAUCUUUCUCGCUCCCGAUGUUGAUGCGACGCGACCGUUCCUAGACGAUGAUAUACGGAGUGCGAUUGAAUCCCUGAAUGCGUCUACUGCUGCGGUCCAGCAACAAACAGAAAUUUUGACGUCGCAGUUCGAGAAUCUGAAUAAACAACUUGGCCUAGAGAAUGAUCGAAAUAAAAGGCAGAUGAGGGAUAUAGAACGGCUGCGCAGGAAACAUGAGUUGGGAAGACAGAAUGUCGCCGCUGCGACCAGUGAUCUUGCUCAUGAGCUCGAGAUAAACUUUAAAGGUGAAGCAGAAAAGGCGACGGCUGAUGGUAAAAGAAUACUCUCUUCGUUGACCGUCCGGUUAAAAGAAGAAGAUAGGAUUCUUGCUGGUCUGGAAAGGCUCGCUUCUGGAAUAAACUCAUCUGGGGAUGAUGUCUUGGUCGUCAAAAAGGCGGCGCAGCUGGGCGCAAUGCUUGCAGGCUGUGUUUCCGAAGAGAUCCAGCACCGUCUCGAUCGAUUAUACCUGGAAAGCAUCCAGAGUAAACAGGGAGUGCCCGGCAAACUCUCGGAACACGAAGAUGAAGAAUUAGCUGCAUUGGAAGAAGAGCUAGAGUCCCUAUAUCCAGAAAUCGAUGUUCUGGCUGAAAUAUCAACGCAGCAGCAAUUCAGCGAGCCAAUCUUACGGGAACUCCAGAAUCACCAUGGUCAGAUACGGGAUGCCUCCCAUCGAAAACUCGAAUACGUAUAUAUGGAUCCGUUCAACCUUGUUAAUCCAGUGACUGAUUCAUUGCAGGUUCUAUAUAUGGUCACUGGCAUGGCAUCCGCAACAGAAAACCUUACUAAAUGCUUACAAAAUCGCGAAUCUUUUUGUGAAACACUCGAAGCGCUGACAAAUAUUUACCGAUCAGAGGCGGGGGGUCAGUUUUCGAAUCAGCCUUCGAGGCGAGAGACCAUGAUGAAACGACGUUCUAUGCAGAUACCUUCCAUCCCCCCGGGGAAACGUAUCUCCCCCCUCCCAGAGGCGCAGGCGCAGGCUCUCGGGAGACUUUUGCGCCGCCUUGGUUUAUCCUCCGACUCAGUUUUUCAGUCGGAAGAGGAUGACGGGGGUACCAAUUGCCUCUACGAGAAGAGAGCGCAUAUACUUGAUUGCUUGCGGAAUUUAGGCAUCGGUGCUGAUUCAUCGCUUGUGGCUGAAUCGAUCCCAAGUGAUCGGGCGUCUCGACUUCUUGCUUCGGCCUUGAAUGCUGAUUCCCGUUUCGAAACCUCUCUUUCAGACGUUGAUCAAGACAGGAGACUUUUAGAAUUGGAAUCACAGUUGGCGCUCGUUCAGAAGGGAGUGGAAAAGCUCAACAUGGAUAUUCUCUAUCAGCGAGAAAAGGACCAAGAAAAUUUUAUGGAGAGAUGGUCAUAAAUGACCAGACCUUAAAAACAAACACAGAGAAUCUAUAUCAAUAAUUUGGCUUCCCUACGCUCCUCAGCGCUCAUUGUUCUUGAAAGAUGUACUACGCACCAAACCUAUCACUGAAACAUACAAAGAAACUACUAUAAUGAAUGACCCAGUCAAUCAAGACAAUGUUAAUGUAAAUGGAUUCGGCCCCCCAUUGUCUACCAUCCUCAAAAUUUUCUUUCAAGUUUUCAACUAUUUCACCGUUUGUGUGGCAAGUGAGACAUGUUUUCUCUAGGUUUCUAAGUUCCUAGGACAAGUAAAUCUUC